GCUAUAGCUAUACAAACCUGACAGCAGCAGACGACAAGAAACACAGAGGAGGCAGAAUUGUCCAAAGUACCAUACAUACUUGAUGAUAGUGAACUGUCAAUCAAAAGAAAGCAGUUUUGGAAUAUAAAUAUUAUUUACAAAUAAUUUCUUUAAUAGAUAUGAUAGAGAAUCUCGCAGCAAAAUUAUGUUUACUUCUGUCGGAAAGUGCCAAUGCAGCCGAACAAUGGAAGCUACUGGGACAGGAGGAUGGUUCGAUACUCAUUGGUUGGGUAGAAGAAUCGGAAAAGAACACUGUACAUACAUUGUGUACUGUACUCGGUCGUUACGACCAGAUUAACAAUAAAUUACAGAUAUUACACCGUUUUCCGGAGGUAUUGAAUAUUGUUCAAGCUACAGUCAACCAAAGUCAUAGUUUAUUAGGAUAUGUUACAAAACAAAAGGAUUACUCGGAGACAGCACAUUCCUGUGAAAAUCACUGUUCAGACAACAUAAAUGCAACUGAUGAACAUUACAGAGAAUUAUACAGAGUGUUUAUUGUUGAAUUGAUGACUGAUAAUGCCAAAAUACAUAAUCUAGAGAUAGAGAGGUCUAAACAAGUGAGGAUACAAUUUCUGUAUAGAGAGAAAGAACAACCUGAUGUAGACAAGUUUUUAGUGCUAAUACAUCACGAAUGUGUCAUGAUAUAUACUGUUCAAUUCGAUACAUCUGUAAGUGAAUUAAAACCAAUAAAAGAAUUAAAAUCUGAAAUUCUUGUAAAAACAUUCAUAUGGGCGCAAUGGGACAUGAUUAAUCAAGUUCUUUAUCAUAUACAUCAUCGACGAAUACCUGCGAGUGUAGUUACCGAGAAUGACGAUGAAAAUAAUUCUAAAUCUUCGAAACCUACACUUAGUGGUCUUCAAUUUCAUGAUGAUUUGCCCCAUGAGACAGUGCUGAAUAUCCCAUUAAAUUUACCACUACUGUCACCGUCCUCUAAUUGCGGCACUUAUGAGGACGACGUAAUACCUCUACGAGUUCACGAUUGUUCCCUAGAUCUCAUAGUAGUGUCGGACACCAAGGGGAUGGUCUGCGUUUGUCAUUACUACCUCUAUCGGCCUGUCCAGCCGCCGCAGCAUGUACUUAACUCCUUGAACGAAUCCAACACGGUGCACUUCGCAUACUCGGUGACGCUGCUGCAUCACAGCUGCGUGAUCCAUUGCGUUAUACCGGGUAUAACGUGGUCGCGCGCCAAGCUGAUGAGACCAACGUUCGCAAUUUAUGAGAGUCAUCAUAUGAUAGUGUUCGUACCGGGACUGUUUACCCAUCUUCUUGAGAUCGGUGUAAAUCACGAGCCAUGCUGCCACAUACUAUGCGGCCCACCGCCGUCGAUUCCGUCUCGCGUUUCCUACCUGGUACCAUUAUUGGAUUUGGAAAAUAUCAACAAAGGAACGAGAAAGAAUUCCUAUAGUUCAGACAGCAAAACCAUCGGUUGUUCGGAUGGGAACAGUUCGCUUACGAAUUUCAGCAGUAUACUGACGAUAGACUUGCCUACUUUGGAUCUCGUGCCGUUGACGAUUCCUCCGGACUUUCUCGUUGAAGUCUUUCGCAAAGAGAUCUCGGUCGAAAUUCGCUUGGGAAUACUCCAUUAUUUUCUCUGUCAUAAGAAUGACAUGGAAGUCAUCGCGGAAUUAAUGUCUAUCGUGGCGGAAAAACCACGCUCACUGGACAUCACGCGCUUCAUGCAAGAGAUUCUUAUAGGUGGUUCUUACGCAUUAGUGCAAAAGAAUCUCCUCGCGGAUACCAUUCCGUUGCUUUCUCUAUUACCCGUCACCACGAUCGGAGAUUACAUGACGGUCGACAUUAAAAUGAAUGAUUUGGAUAUCACGCUGAGCCACGAGAAACUCUGGAAUACAUCGGUGAUGUUGCUCUCGCCGCAGCAAAGACUUGUUCCCUAUCGUAGCGAUCUAUGGACUAGACUGUGGGAUCAAUUGAGUAAAAAUGGUGGCGAUAAAUUAAGAUUCAAACCUAGCCAUAUCGCGGAGAAGUUAUUAGUCUCCUUAGCUUGUUAUCAACCAGAAGCAUUAUCCAGAUGCAGCACUCCAAUGUCCCCAAGCGGAGGAUUUGUUGCAGUACCGCUUGGAGACUUUAUGGGUAAUCGGAACAUCAAAUUGGAUUCAGGUUUACCAUUUAAUGAGACUGAAAGUUGCACCGCUUCGAAGCAGGAACAUAUCGUCUCCGUAAACUUACGUGAACUCUCCAUGUAUCUUCUGAAAAAUGGGACGCGCACAUCAACUAUGCACCCGCGAGGCUCUUGCACCCCGUUACACGUUCAUGCCAUGGCUACGAGAUACGUGGCUGCGCAAUUGGAAGCUUCGCGUAUAUUAUGUCAAAUACUUUGCAAGGCGGCCGGCGUUGAUCCUAGAAUCGAACAAGAACGUGGCUUUAAUCUUGUAGAUCAAUUGGAUGAGGCAAGACGAUGGUUACUGUUUAUGCUCUUGCAACGAUACAGACAUGCAGUAGAGAACAUCGCAUUCCCAGUGCCACAAGGAUUCGCAUCGUUUUUUACUUAUCUUGGCUACCGCACUCUCAAGUACUCGAUGUUUCUGCAAUAUGUCGAACGUUCGGUGUUUGAACUCCAAGUUGAUGUUACCAAGAUUAUUUUAGCUGAUAUCAGUGAUACAAAAGAGAAUGUUAUUCAGAAAUUGAAGUUGUUAUCCUUUUUGCCAAGAUCUCGUGCAAAGAGGCUCUUGAAUCAAUGGCUGCAUCCAGUUAGCUUAAUGCUCCGAGCCAGAGAACACGCCGCUAAUAUUUUGUGCGGUGAAGUAUCUCAGAGUCGAACUGGAAGUCGAACUUUACAACAUCGUAAUCAUCAUAACAGUUUGGCAGCAUUUCCUUCUGCAGAUCGUUUAUCACCAUUGGAUACCUUUUUGGAUUUACUUACUGCAAAAGCUAGUCUUACGGAAUUGGAUUUUGGAUUAUUGAUAGAAGCAACAGUAACAUCUACGGAGGACUUUCUCUAAUGGAAAUCAAGUUUAGUUAUAAUUAAAAAAUAUUAAGUGCAACAAUUAAUUUAACGAUCACUAAAUGAUCAAUUAAAUAAUACUUUAAACUUUUGAGAUUCAGAAAUCU